AUGGUAAAAAGGGUAAAAAAAUCAGCUGAAAAAACUGGAAAGGCUAGAAAACUAAAUGAAGGUGUAAAACUCAAGGAAGAGAAAGAUGAUGAGAUAAAAUCUGAAAAUACAGAAACAGUAGAAGAUAGUAAAGACCUGAAAAAUGUUGAUAAUGUUGACAAAAAUGUACAAAAAAUAAACGAAGAGGUCGAUGAUAAACAAGAAGAUUCCGUAACGGAUUCCAAUGGAUCGGAUUCACUUGAUAAAAGGUUCACACCUGUAGGAAAACAUUUAGGUGAAGGUACUUAUGGCCAAGUUAUUAAAGCUAUGGACACACUUACCGGAAAAAUGGUGGCUAUAAAGAAGGUGAAGAACAUCGAGUAUAAAAAGGGAGUGACGAAGGACCGACAGCUUGUAGGCAUGGUGGGAAUCCACUUCACAACCCUGCGGGAGCUGAAGGUGAUGACGGAGUUGAGCCAUGAGAACCUGAUGGGCUUGGUGGCAGUGUACGUGAAGGAGGGAUUCAUUAACAUUGUGAUGGACAUCAUGGCGUCCGAUUUGAAAAAGGUAGUGGAUGCUAAGGUGAGAUUGACUGAGCCUAACGUAAAGUGCAUAAUGUCCCAAAUAUUAACUGGGUUGUCAGUGCUGCACGCUUCCUCAUUUGCACACAGAGAUCUUUCUCCCGCAAAUAUCUUUAUCGACACUUUUGGUGUGUGUAAAAUUGCGGAUUUCGGGCUUGCUCGUAGGACUGUAAAUCCACCUAUUUUCAGAGAUUGCUCAGAUUUGGAGACUAUGGAACUCAACGCCUCAAGGGAAAGAAUGACCUCUAAGGUGGUAACACUUUGGUACAGAGCACCUGAACUUCUCAUGGGAGCUGAGUGUUACCACUUUGCAUGUGAUCUCUGGAGCGUUGGCUGUAUUUUCGGAGAACUGCUCUCUGGGAAGCCUUUGUUUCCAGGCACUAACGAAAUCGAUCAACUAGGAAAAAUCUACAACCUCCUUGGCACGCCUGAAAAUUCUUGGCCUCAAGCCUCUAAAUUACCUCUUUACACUCAGUACUCUUUUUCCAAACCUAAAGACCUUUCAUUACAUUUUCAGCAUGCUAAUAGUGUAACGUUGGAUUUAUUAUCGAAACUUUUGAAACUAAACCCAAAUGAGAGAAUUAGUGCUAAAGAGGCCUUGGAUCAUGAAUACUUUAAGGUUCAGCCCUUAAAGUGUAAACCUAUAGAUUUACCCUUUGACUUUAUUACCAAAUAA